GGGGGGGGGGGGGGGGCAACGUACGCUAGUCUGAAAACAAGGUCUUAAUAGUUGCUGAAGAAACAAAAACAAGAGAAGCAAGGGAGAGAAAAAAAUGAGUGCUUCGAGGUUUAUAAAGUGUGUCACAGUAGGCGACGGUGCCGUUGGGAAGACUUGUAUGCUCAUCUCCUACACCAGCAACACUUUCCCUACGGAUUAUGUCCCAACUGUCUUUGACAAUUUCAGUGCAAAUGUGGUUGUGGAUGGGAACACUGUAAAUUUAGGCCUGUGGGAUACUGCUGGCCAGGAAGAUUAUAAUAGGUUAAGACCUUUGAGCUAUCGGGGGGCAGAUGUCUUCCUUCUCGCAUUCUCUCUCAUAAGCAAGGCCAGUUAUGAAAAUGUUGCAAAGAAAUGGAUUCCUGAAUUGAGGCAUUAUGCACCUGGUAUUCCAAUUGUACUUGUUGGAACAAAACUUGAUCUUCGAGAUGACAAGCAUUUCUUUAUAGACCACCCUGGUGCAGUGCCCAUAACCACAGCCCAGGGGGAGGAACUGAGAAAGCUGAUUGGCGCUCCAGUCUACAUCGAAUGUAGUUCAAAAACACAGCAGAAUGUGAAAGCUGUUUUUGAUGCGGCCAUAAAGGUGGUUCUCCAGCCACCAAAGCUGAAGAAAAAGAAGAAGAGAAGUGGGCAUAGGGCCUGCUCCAUAUUGUGAUUGGAUCAUUCCUGGAGGAUAUUGUCACCAGUUCGCAUAUAUGCCUUCAGUCUUACAGACACCACAUAUCUCACAAUUUCACACCUGGAGGAACAAGCAAUCCGCGAAGUCUCAACUGACAAGAACUAGGAGCUUUUUCUGAGCAUCAAAGUUGUCUUUGUCACUUUAUUGCCUGUGCCGAUUUGUAUAUUAAUUAUUCACACUGCUUGGUAUUUAGCUAAUGCAUCUACUAUAAAACCAAACUGUUCCUAGUGUAGACAUGUCGAUGCUCAUGUUUUUUAACCUGAUUUAGUGCAUUUUAAGAAGCCCUUUUAUACGUA